AUUUUUUUUUUUUUUGUUUUUUCAGUUAGGUCAUGGAGUACAGGCUCUGUUCCAACACGUUAAUGAACCGCCGACCAAGAUCAUGCUCCUUGGGGGAAUAUGCAGUGCCGCUACCAGGCCUAUUGCCGAGUGCUCUCACCUCAUGAACCUAAUACAGGUCAGCUAUGGUGCAUCUUCCUUUUAUUUAUCGGACAAAGAAAAAUAUCCACUGUUCUUCAGAACUGUACCUCCAGAGGAGGGCCACAAUCACGGUCGCGUAGCUGUGCUGAAGUAUUUUAAAUGGGACCGGAUUGCCAUAGUAACGGAAAGGGAGCCUUACUACGAAGCUGCUUUGGCGAGUCUGACAAAACUCCUUGAAUACAACAACAUUACAAUCGUGGCUCAGGAAUUACUUGGUGACAGUAAGGAAGAAAUUCAUGAAUCUCCAAUCAAAAUACUGAAGGAUAGAGAUGCUCGAGUAAUUGUUGGACUUUUCUCAGAGGAAAAGGCUGUAGAGGUUUUCUGUCAGGCUUACAAGCAAGGCUUUUAUGGGAAGAAGUACGUCUGGCUGUUGAUAGACUGGUACCAACCCCGCUGGUGGGACAAGCACGCUGUUCAUGCGUCUAAGCUCAGCUGCAAGACGAAGCACGUGAUCGAAGCCUUCGGUAAUUACAUCAGCACGGAGUUCCUGAAAGUCGGGCCCAACUCACCGGACAUAAUAGGAGGCGAGAAAACCUAUCUCAAAUGGAAGGACAAAGUCGAAGAGCUUGGAUUUUAUUCAGGUUUUGCAUACGAUGCCGUUAUCGCCAUGGCUCUAGCUCUGAACAAGUCAGAAGAAGUCCUCGCCAGGAAAAAUAAAAGCUUGGCGAAUUUUACUUACGACGACUCGGAGAUGGCACAGUUGUUCAAAAACUCAUUGUCAGAAGUCACAUUUCUUGGAUUUUCGGGUCGCGUAUACUUUAACAAACAAGGAGAGAGAAAAGGAGUGAUAACAGUUGGCCAAAUGCAAGACCAAGAAACAAAAAUGCUGGGGAACUACACAGUGUUAACAGACAAGCUUGUUCUUGAAUCCUCGAAGUUCGUUUGGGAAGGCGGCAGCGUUCCAGUGGACCAAAUGACCACAGUCGACAAACUUUUGACAGUUUCCAUUGGUUUGUUCGCUUUCUUCUGUGCGGUGGAAGUCCUGGGAAUCAUAAUGGCCGUAGCUUUCUUGGCAUUCAACAUCAGCCACAGUAAUCAUAGGUAUAUCAAAUUAUCAAGUCCUCGUAUGAAUAACGUGAUUGUGGUUGGUGCGAUUCUUAUUUACAUCGCCGGGAUUCUGCUCGGCAUUGACGGUAACUUUGUAAGCGCUGACGUUGAAGCAAUUUUACGCUGCAGGUUUUCUACCUGGGUGGCUUGCUUUGGAUUCACGUUAGGGUUUGGUGGCAUGUUCCUUAAGACCUGGAGGGUUCACAAAAUAUUUCUCAAUCGUACAAAGAAAAUGGUCAUCAGUGACUACCAGUUGUUUGCCAUGCUUGGAUUGUUCGUAUCUAUCGACCUUCUUAUUCUCAUGGUCUGGGAAAUUAUCGAUCCACUUUAUGCCAGUAAUUACUACUCUGAACGAGAGGAAUACAGUUCAUCCACGGACACACAGUACAAGCCUUAUUAUAUCGACUGCACGUCUGCACAUCCCAGUGUGUGGCUCAGCGUUAUCUACGCCUACAAAGGUCUCAUGUUAGCAUUUGGUGCUUUUAUGGCCUGGGAAACAAGGAAUGUGACAUUUGCCGCGUUGAAUGAUUCGCGCCAUAUCGGCAUCUCUGUGUACAACGUGGUGUUUCCGUGCGCGCUGGGCAUGACGGUCGUCAACGUGGUUGACUAUCACCCGGAUGUAACCUUCGCUGUUCUGUCCGUGCUGGUGGUGUUCUGUACUACUAUCACGCUUUGUCUUGUCUUUUUUCCAAAGAUCUCAAACGUUAGGGCAGACCCUCUUGGAACAAGCAGACCUCGUUUUGUAGCGGGUUUGAACAGUCAAACACCACAGACACGAACAGAGGAGAGACAACAGUUACGACCAGAACAAACUCGUGAGCCAAACUCCAACCCUAAGCAAAAACCAGAGGAGAAACAACGCGCUAAUACCACUCUUAUAUGAAGAUCAAUGUCGAUGCACGCAGCAAACGAAAAGCGAGGGGAAGUUGCCAUGGUUCAUCAUUUUUUACUUGCGAACUCUUUUAGUAUCAUUUGUUUGAGAAGACAGGAAUACCUUUACAUUAUCGUUUUACCAAGGAAGAAAAUGAUAAACUAGGAAAUAGCAAGCUUGGUUUCACAUUAGAUAAGAUCAAGAACGAUCACGAACUACGGAGACUUCGGGCUUGUGGCUUCUAGCAAGGAUGAGUUGGAAAGAGUUACAGAUCUUUCUCCGAUCUUUGCGCCACAAAGAAUUUCGCGCUGACGAAAACACGAGAAGUUUGGCAGAUUAGCGAGACAUUUAGUACAGCACACGGUUAAAAAAAAAAAACUCUUUUGCCACAAAGAGGAUCCUUAGAACUACAAGCCAGUGAAAUUCUGACGUUCAUCUGAGUUCUUGGAGGCAUAUUCUUCAGAUAUGCAUUACCCAUAACCUGUUAAAUACAAACACAAAGUUAUUGUCAACUGAUGUUGAACCGUCUUCAAUCAGUUUCGGUUUCAGUCUCACCGUUGUUCAAACACUGCAAGCCAAAGUUCAGGUUUAAUAAUCUGCACGAAAACUCUCAGCUUUAUUAUUGUUUUCAAUGAGAAAUUGUCAUUAACUGUACGUACGAGGUAUUACGAACCUCAGUCGCAAGCAUUAAAAUACGGGGAAUAACCGG